GAACUGUUGCAUUUCGGUAAAGACGUUUACCAGUAGAUUUCAAGAUGAAAAUCUACAAAAUGUAUCGUUAGAAUAUUUUAGACCAUAAAAAGGACGUGAAAAGUUAAUGAAUUAAGUCACUGUCUAUUAGUUAAGUCACUGUCUAUUAGCCUCGGUUGUUGAUGGCCGGGUGAUCUGUUACGCACUGACUUAAAACAAAUAACGAUUGGCGCACGACGGCUCAUUGUUGCAGGCUAGCCUUUAAUCAAAGUGAAUAGUUUGUGGUUUACGACAACAAUUUUGGUCAAAUUAGAAAAAAACGGAAAGUGGACUUGCUGUUAGUUUUCGAGUUCGUCGGACUACUCUAUAGCUUGGCAUCUCACCAAGGCGAACGUGAGGAUGAGCUGUCCUCACAGAUUUCUCGACCACGUUGAAAGUCUGACUGCACUUGGCUGAGAAAAUCACCAUACCACGUCGUAUCGCAGAUUAUCGACACUUCUAUUGAGCAGCGAGGAGGAAAAGAAUGCUCCUGGCACAAGAUGUCUGAUUCGGAAGCAAACAGUGGAACCUGAGAUAUUCUCUGCUACGACUCAGCGCGCCACAAAAAAAACAGAGGAACAAGUUUUCAUGAGGAACAGAACAUUUUCUCAAAACUGUGUUUUGAUAAAUACUGACUUAAAAAUAUAUAUAUAUCUGAGAGGGGAAUGUGUUAGUCUACCCAUGAGGAAAACACACCCAGGAUUAAGCAAAUUUAAAAUACAUAGAGAAAGAGAAGCACAAGGAAAGAGGAAGGAAAAAAGACCAGAGAUUUAAACAUUUUUUUUCAUUCCCUUCCACUGAUCCUUGGACCAGACAAGUGAGUGUCCUUCACUGAACGCCUUGGGUGAGAUGGACUCCAGUGGGAAUACUGGAGCAGCAGACCCCACCUGACAGCUCUCCAACUGAGAAAUAUAAGGACAUUUCAACAGGAGAUUCUGCUGACAUUUUGUCUGAAAAAUAUUAAUAUUUUUAAAGAACCCUCUAGAACCAUCUACAAUCUACUAUAUUCUAUCCCAGGGAAAACCCUUGUAUUUAUCCUUCCAAAGAACUGGAUGUGUGACUUAGUCCGUUUCAACCCAUGUAUGCAACACGGAGAAGGUGUCCACACUCAACUGGCUGGUUUCACCUCUAGUCCUCCAAAGAUAAUAACAUACUACUUUUGAUAUCAGUGAGAUCUUUACUGAAAAUAGGGAUGAAAAACGUGAAUAAAUAUUGCUUUGCGGACGAAAAGUCCAAUCUUCAAAAAUAGAUGUGAAGAAAAAGGUGUUGAGAAAUCCAAAGAUAAACCUAGUCAUUUUUGUUAUUUUUAUUUAAUGGAAGGGAAAAACAUGUUUCUCCUCCUGACAUUUGACUUCAACAACUCCUGAGCUUUGUUGUUCCUUCAGUGUCCUAUAGCAUCUCAUUCCUUUCUUUACAUUGAAAUCUCCUGAAUUUCCAGUCUCUCCUCAUAAACCUCUUACCCUUUCACUCUCCCUCAUUUACCCCUUCUUUCCCUUUAUUUGACCUAACUACCUCACCACCUACUCGCGGUGUAGAACCUCUCUGCCUCCUCCCCUUUCCCCCUCAGCGCCUCUCUCUCACCAUCUUUCCACUUAGUCCCGGUUAUCCCAGAGUUCAUUCUGGCCGGCACCACCGUUCCGGCCAAGGGGGAGGAGGACUUCCUUACGCUGGCCGCCACCCGGCUCAGCCGCAGGAAACGUGUCAUCGGGGCAGGAGUGGGCGUGGCCAUGGUGCUGGUGCUGCUGGUUGCCAUCCCCUUAUUGGUUCACACCACCAAAGGGGGCGCGUCUGGGGGCGGGAGCACCCAUUAUGAGAUGCUCGGCAGCUGCAAGAUGGUGUGCGACUCUUUCACCCCCCCACAGGGAAGCCACGAGCUGACUGCUGUCUCCCCCCAACCCCCAGACUUCACAGGGAGAAGGGGCAAAUCUGGGUUUCGUGGGAGCCCUGGACCCCCUGGCCCCCCAGGCCCCAGAGGUCCCCCUGGAGAACCAGGCAAGCCAGGCCCCCCUGGGCCCGCUGGCCCUGGCCCAGGGGGCUAUGUCCCCUCCUUCUACAGCCCCAAGAUUGCCUUCUAUGCAGGCCUCCGUAAACAGCAUGAAGGGAGUGAAGUGUUGAGGUUUGACGAUGUGGUGACCAAUGUGGGGAACUACUAUGAACCCAGUACUGGCAAGUUCACCUGCCCCCUGCCUGGCAUCUACUUCUUCACCUACCAUGUCCUGAUGAGGGGCGGAGAUGGCACCAGCAUGUGGGCCGACCUGAAGAAGAAUGGACAGGUGAGGGCCAGUGCCAUAGCCCAGGAUGCUGAUCUGAACUAUGACUAUGCCUCCAACAGUGUCAUCCUGCACCUGGACGUGGGGGACGAAGUGUGUGUGCAGCUCGAUGGGGGCAAAGUCCACGGAGGAAACACCAACAAAUACAGCACCUUCUCUGGCUUCCUCAUCUACCCUGACUGAUGGCAUUCAUGCGUUACACAUACACACACACACAAACAUACAACCACACAAACAAACAAUCUCCCAGGCAAACAUAUACAGCACCUUCUUCAGGAUUCUGAUCCAACCUGAUUCUCUAAACCCUCUCUCUCUCUCUCUCUCUCUCUCUCUCUCUCUCUCUCUCUCUCUCUCUCUCUCUCUCUGUUGCUAAACACACACAUUAUUUAAAGAAACAGAUGCAAUGGGAAAAGGAAUAUGUAUAUUUGCUCUGUGUUUUUUAUGUCUAUAACAGUUUGGAUAGUGGCCUAAACAUAACAUUCCAAACCAAGUGCAGUUAGAAGGCAUCUAAUGUGCAAGUGUGUAUAUAGAAAUGUUAAUUUAAUAGGGGCGGCAGCGUAGCCUAGUGGUUAGAGCGUUGGACUAGUAACCGGAAGGUUGUGAGUUCAAACCCCCGAGCUGACAAGGUACAAAUCUGUCGUUCUGCCCCUGAACAGGCAGUUAACCCACUGUUCCCAGGCUGUCAUUGAAAAUAAGAAUAUGUUCUUAACUGACUUGCCUGGUUAAAUAAAGGUAAAAUGAAAAAAAAUAAGAAAAAAUACACAUCCAUUUGUUUGUCGUGCUGCAGCACCCAUACUUCCCACGGCUAUGGGUCCGCGGAGGUACUGCAGGAGGUCCAGUUCGCCUGCAGGUCUAAAGAUUUUUUUUUUUUUUAAUUAAUAUUACUGUGUUGUGUAAUUCUCAUGAUAUCCCUGAAUCACAGAUAUUUAAAUUAAACUAGCAUGUAAGUAUGUGGUGAUAAACAAGAAUUAUGUCAAGACAAAAAAUGAUAUAAUCUUGAUAUUGUGUAUAUUCUUAAAGUUACAUACACUCCCCUCCAUACCUAUGUGGACAGUGAAAGAUUUUAUUUUUAAUCCAGCAUUUUAGAUUUGAGAUAGAAUGUUGAGAUAGAAUGUUGAGAUAGAAUGUAUCAUGCAAGGCGACAGUGCAGAACGUCACCUUUUAUUUUAGGGUUAUUUUCAUACAUAUCCGUUUUACCGUUUAGAAAUCAAAGCACUUAUGUAUCAAAGCACUUUUUUUAAUCUAUUUGAAUAAGUCAUAAGUAUUUGUACAAAUUCACUUAUUCUGUAUUAAAGUAGUGAAACGCUAUAAGUAUUUGGUCCCAUAAUCCUUGCACACAAUGACUACAUCAAGCCUGUGACUCUAAAAACGUGUUGUAUGCAUUUGCGUUUUUGUGUGUGUGUGUGUGUUUUGGAGAGAGAAAAUUGCCCAAUAGGGACUAGAUUCAAAAAGUGUUUUCAUUUCUUAACGGUAAAAGAGAUAGCCUAUGCAUGAAAAUACCCUCAAAUAAAAGAUGACAUUCUGUACUGUUGCCUCAUAUGAAACAUGUGUUCUCAAAACCAAAAUGCUGGAGUAUAGAGCCAAAUAAAAAAAUGCAGCUUCACUGUCCAAAUACAUACGUAUGGAGUGGAGUGUGUAUAUUCACUUCCGAUGUACACACAUCUGUGUAUAUGAUCAGGUACGUGGAAGCAUACAUGACUCGCAUGCAUUACACACACACACACACACACACACACACACACACACACACACACACACACACACACACACACACACACACACACACACACACACACACACACACACACACACACACACACACACACACACACACACACACACACACACACAGUGAUUAAUUGACUUCCCCUAUCUAGUGUUGCAUUGACAGGAGCUGACCAUUUCGACCACCAGUGUGGAAUUGAGUAAAAUGGUCUCAGAAUGCAGACUGUAAAUCGAACACUUCGAGCUUGGCUGCGGGGCCUCCCGCCUCCCUUCUUCGCUCUGAGAUGGAUUUCCAAUAUGGCUGAAGACACAAAACGAGAAAAGUCAUGAAUAUAUUGAUCGGAGCUGAUAAUACACGCAACAUCACGGACAUCAUCCAGUAUGGUGUGUGUGUGUGUGUGUGUGUAAAGAUAAGUAUCAUGUUGUUGUUAGUUUUACCCACAUGGCCCCUGGCUACAGCUAUGGGGGGGUCCCCAACACACAGGAUAUCAAUGAUGAGGCUUAUGGCAGACAGAUACACUAUUUUUCCAGACCUUAUGGCGGAUGAUAGAGCAUCAUCAUGUUCCACUAAUGAUCCCAGACAUCCUGUGUAUAAACCCUCAACUGUUGGCGGGACUACUAUAGGAUUACUAUUCCUAUAUUCACUUUACAUUCAAUUGAUAACAUAGCAAUUUAAAAUGGGUAUCAAAUGCAUGCACAGAGAUGGAGCUUUAGAUCAUACUGGUUAUUUGUAUAUAGAUGAGUCUUCUUUUCUUCAAAGGUAAAGCAGACGGUUUGUUUACAUGGUGGAUAUGGACAUUGAGGAUUCAUCUUGUACAGAACUAGUUUCACAUUUUCAAAUAUAUGCUACCGUAGAGUGUCUUCAAUGGAAAUGUGCAUCUUUGUGUGUUUUAUUGAAUGUACCAUACAUUACUAAUUGUAAAUGCAAUCCAAAUAUGCAGGUUCAGGUUGAUGCUGUCGGUCAAAGAUGUUAUGCAAACACUUGACACAGUGGCAACGAGAAUCUAUAAUGUUUCACUUGUGUUAUCGAUCAGAAUGGAUUUCAUGGCGAUUUCAGUGUGGCGACAUUAUUAUCUUGUCAUACCAUAACAAAAUACAACCAUCUUUACAUCAAUGUAAAUGCCCUGCCUAGACAAUACCAUGAAAAACAGAUCCUCGCGACACGCAUCUGUAGUUAUAGCAUCAUACAUGUAUCUAAUGUAAGUAGUUGUAUAUGUUACAGGACUUCAGAGGAUGGCUCUAUUGUAACAAGUAGUUAUAUUAGGAAAACCACAGAAUAAACCAUUGCUGCAGCAGGGAUGAUCCUGCUGCUCCAUGUGUGUGCAUUAAUGUUACAACACAGUGUACCGGUCGCUGUGUGUCGAGUCUCAGGUCCAACUACAGGACAGAGCUUUGGGCUUCAUCUAGAGACAGAACACUGGUUAUUAUCAAACUGCAUCAGUCAGAUGAAAACAUUAUUCCUGUAUUAUACCUUUAAUGGACAGUAUUGCAACAACCAUCUACCAUCUCAUUUACACCAAAGUAAUGUACAGAUUAGUUUGUGUGUGAGUGUACAUGAUCUCUCUCUGUGUCAUGCUGCAUUCUGCUGUGUUCCCUGGCACUAAACCAUGUUAAAUAACUUACUGUUGAAAAAGAAACCUGAUUCUUGUUUUUGAACAGUAUGAAUUGAUUGUUGUCACUGUACCUUGCAAGCUGAGCUGUAUGUGUAUAUUUUAUGUAUGAUACUAAAAACUCAGCCCUAAGACUAUAUAUAAGACCUACAAUAAACCAAUG